AUGUGGACUCAAACUCCUCUAGCCGCUUUCAUGGCCACUUUCAUGUUCCUCCUCACUCUAACCAACGCUCAAAAUGCCCCCAGUGACUACCUCGCACUUCACAAUAGCAUUCGAGCCCAGGUUGGUGUUGGCCCCAUGCAAUGGAGCAACACCUUGGCCGCGUACGCUCAAGCCUAUGCAGAAAAAAGAAAGGGUGACUGUGCCAUGAUUCACUCAACCGGACCGUACGGCGAAAACAUAGCCGCUGGGUACUACCCUGAGUUCACUGGGGUGGAUGCAGUGAAGCUGUGGGCAAAAGAGAAGCCGCUGUAUGAUUAUGCAUUGAACAAAUGCGUGGGUGGUGAAUGUGGGCACUACACUCAGAUGGUGUGGCGAAGCUCAGUGCGACUUGGAUGUGCUAGAGUGCCAUGUAAGGGUAAUUCUCAGUUUGUUGUUUGCAAUUAUGAUCCUCCGGGCAACUAUAUUGGGGACAAGCCUUAUGGUUCUUCUCUCUAA